AUGCAAACGUCCGGAAUCGCACCGCGCGUCGUCGAUCAAGGGUGCGCCGAGGAAUCUCGCUUGGCCUUAGCUUGCGCCACCUCGCAGCCCGGUGUGGAUAAGUCGGCGUGUGACGACUUGUUCAAGGCGUACAAGGCGUGCAGAAAGCUGGAGGGGGAGCGAGUUGUGAGAGAACGCAGAGAAGGUCGGAGGAGCGCGUUCUGA